GCACGGCCCCCGAGACCCCCCACCUUGGGCCCCUGCCUCAAGUUCCUGGCCGGAGCAGCUGCUGGGCUGACGUCUGUCCCCGCGGACUGCGGUUGCUCCAGCUUGCCCGGGAGGAUGGGGAGGAAAAAAAUCCAGAUCUCACGCAUCCUGGACCAGAGGAAUCGGCAGGUUACGUUCACCAAGCGCAAGUUUGGGCUGAUGAAGAAGGCCUACGAGCUGAGCGUGCUCUGCGACUGCGAGAUCGCCCUCAUCAUCUUCAACAGUGCCAACCGACUCUUCCAAUACGCCAGCACUGACAUGGACCGCGUGCUCCUGAAGUACACCGAGUACAGCGAGCCGCACGAGAGCCGGACCAACACCGACAUCCUGGAGACGCUAAAACGGAGGGGUGUGGGCCUUGAUGGGCCAGAACUGGAGCCAGACGAGGGGCCGGAGGGGCCAGGAGAGAAGCUGCGGAGGCUGGCAGGUGAUGGGGGCGACCCGGCCCUGCCCCGGCCCCGUCUCUAUCCUGCAGCCCCCGCUAUGCCCAGCCCCGACAUGGUAUAUGGGGCCCUGCCCCCACCGAGCUGCGACCCCAGUGGGCUCGGGGAGGCCCUGCCCGCCCAGAGCCGCCCGUCCCCAUUCCGGCCAGCAGCCCCCAAAGUCGGGCCCCCAGGCCUGGCACACCCUCUCUUCUCACCGACUCACCUCGCCAGCAAGACACCGCCCCCGCUGUACCUGGCUGCUGACGGCAGGCGGCCAGACCUGCCCGGUGGCCUGACCGGGCCCCGAGGGGGGCUGAGCACCUCGAGAGGUCUCUACAGCAGCCUACAAAGCCCCAGCUCAGCAGCCCCCCCGGGACCCCCGCUGGGGGGCUUUCCCUUCCUCCCUGCCGGCCCCCCAGAAUACGGCCUGGGAGACCCGCCGCCGCCCCCCGGCCUGCUGCAGCCCCCCGCCCUGGCCCCCUGGCAGCCCUCGAGGGGGGACGGCCCCUCUGCCGUUCCUGCCCAGCCCAGUGGGGGCCGCAGCCUCGGCGAGGAGCUGCCCCCCGCCCGCGGCGCCUCCCCGCCCACCCCCCCGGUCAGCAUCAAGUCAGAGCGCGUCUCCCCGGCCCCCGGGGGCCCCGGCGACUUUCCCAAGACCUUCCCGUACCCCCUGCUCCUGGCUCGGCCCCUGGCGGAGCCCCUGCGGCCCGGGCCCCCCCUGCGACGGCUGCCCCCCGCCGACGGCUGGCCCCGGUAGUGUGGUCCCGGGGGGGGGCGCCCAGCCUCUCUCCAGGCCUCGGAGAGGGCCCAGCAUUAGGGGGGCCGGAUUCGGAACCCCGGCCGUCGAGUUUCCUGCCCCCCUCCCGUGUGUGUACCCACCAAUAAAACGCGCGC